UGGAAGAGAAUUGAGAAAAGAGAGGGUGAAAGAGGGAGAGGGAGGAAGAGAGCAAGAGCAACGUAAUCUGCCACAGACCACACGCACGCAAACACGCACACACAAACACAGACACGCACAAAGAUAUCAGGAAGUAAUCUGUUCCGUGCUGACUGUGCAGGGUGCUGUCUUGUCCGUAAGCAGAAGAGUGUGUAUCGUACGUCAGUGUGUGUGUCUGCCGACAACAGGCUGCAAGUAUGACCCUCUCACCUGAAAUCUAAGGAUCUCUCACCCCACUGGACAGACACAUGGACACACAGCUACACGGACCAACACCAUGGGCUCAAGAUUAAAAGAAAACCCUGACAGGACCUUCUACUGGUUCUUUGAAGCAUCUUGUCCAAUCGCAAAUGACAAAGAUGAACGUGGUACCUUCAGGCGUUUGAAAAUAGCUGAGUUUGAAGAUCCUGACGUGUUGUUUGAGUUUCCUGAAGACUUCAGUGAUGAGGAAUCCCGCCAGACUCUACCAAGGUUCUGCUUUCCCUAUGACAUAGAGAGAGUGAGAGAUGUGGUAGCAGUGCAACACUUCACCUUUGUGUUGACUGACUUGGAGGGAUGCCAACGCUUCGGCUUCUGUCGCCUCACCAGCAGCUCACACACCUGCCUCUGUAUGCUUAGCUACCUACCUUGGUUUGAAGUGUUUUACAAACUUCUGAACAACCUGGCUGACUAUCUGACCAAGGGACAGACCAAUGAGAUGCGAGAACUGCUGGGCGCCCUCUACACACAUCCCCUGCCAUUGGCUGUCGGCUCUGUCACUCUGCAGCUGGGAGAGAAGCUAUUGGUCAGGACAGAGAUGCCCCGCCCUCCUGGACAUGCCCCCCUCACUCCGGGGAAGGGGCAGGAAGGGGUCCCGUACUUCAUCGCUCCAGACCCCAGAGGACUCCCUUCCAUCCCUGAGAGUAGGAACCUGACAGAGUUGGUGGUAGCGGUAGAUGUGUCUAACCUCCUCCAGCUCUAUGCCAGCAUGUUGUUUGAGAGACGCAUCCUCAUCCUCUCCAGCAAACUCAGCACAUUGACAGCGUGUGUUCAUGCCCUCAGUGCUGUGCUCUACCCCAUGUACUGGCAACACAUCUUCAUACCUGUCCUGCCCCCACACCUACUGGACUACUGCUGUGCUCCGAUGCCCUUCCUCAUAGGAGUCCACUCCAGUCUGACAGAGAGAGUGAGAAGCCGGGGGUUAGAGGACGUGGUGAUUCUGAAUGUAGACACCAACACUAUAGAGUCUCCCUUCGAAGACCUGAAGAAGAUACCAGCAGAUGUGGUAUCAGGUCUGAAGUUGUGUCUGAAACGCCAGGCAGCGUCAGCAGGUGUGGGCGUGGCCAAGGCCUUCCUCAGGGCUCAGGUUCUGCUGUUUGGAGGAUAUGGAGACGCUCUGAAGGGAAACACGAAUGGUCAGAUCAUGUUCUGUGAGGAGGUUUUCCUGGACCACAGGUCUCCCAGUAUGAGACAGUUCCUACAGAGUGCUGUCCAUCUGCAGCUCUUCAAACAGUUUAUUGAUGGACGUCUGGAGCUGCUGAACAGAGGGAUAGAGCCAGACGACCUGUUUGAACAAGAGAUGCUACAGUGUGGAACAGCAGAAGCAGCAAACAAGAACAUGCUCAUCCUGAAGCGGUGCUCCUAG